UUUUUGUUUCUUCUCAUCCAUCUCAUUUCUUCUUCUUCUUCUUCACCUUCUUGUCCUUCGUCUAUAUAUACGUGUCUUUAAGCUUCUCUUUGUCUUUAUCUUUUCCGUUUGUUGUUUCGAUGGUUCAAACAGAAACAGAUCAAAGGAUGGGUCUUAAUCUGAAUUUGUCUAUCUACUCUUUACCAAAACCCUUAUCCCAAUUCCUCGAUGAAGUGUCGAGGAUCAAAGACAAUCAUUUGAAACUGUCUGAAAUCGAUGGUUAUGUCGGGAGAUUAGAGGAAGAGAGGAAAAAAAUCGAUGUUUUUAAACGAGAACUCCCUUUAUGCAUGCUCUUAUUGAACGAAGCGAUUGGGGCGUUGCAGGAAGAGGCUAGAAAAGGUUCAUCAGUGAUGGCAUCAAAUGGGAAAUUCAAUGAUGGUGAAGGGGCAAAACUGGAAACUGAUAAGAAGAGCUGGAUGAGCUCUGCCCAGUUAUGGAUCUCUAACCCUAAUUCCCAAUUCCAAUCGAGAAACGAAGAAGAUGAUCGGUGUGUGACUCAGAACCCAUUUCAGAACUGUAAUCAAGGAGGGGCAUUUCUGCCAUUUAACCGUCCUCCUCCUCCUCCACCACCACCGGCUCCUCUGUCUCUCAUGACUCCAACAUCGGACAUGAUGAUGGAUUGUAACAGAAUUGAGCAGAAUCAUCAUCAUCUAUUCAACAAACCUUCACAGUUACAGAGUCAUCACAUACAGAAGAAAGAGCAGAGACGUAGAUGGUCACAGGAUCUUCACCGUAAAUUUGUUGAUGCCCUUCAUAAGCUUGGAGGGCCACAAGUGGCCACACCAAAGCAGAUUAGAGAUUUGAUGAAAGUUGAUGGUUUAACCAAUGAUGAAGUCAAGAGCCAUUUACAAAAAUAUAGAAUGCAUAUCCGCAAGCACCCGCUGCAUCCGUCAAAGACUUUGUCAUCCUCGGAUCAAGCCGGUGUGUUAGAGAGAGAAACACAGAGCUUAAUAAGUUUGUCAAGGUCGGAUUCUCCACAAAGCCCACUUGUUGCAAGAGGGUUGUUCAGUAGUAAUAAUGGUGGCCAUAGCUCAGAGGAAGCAGAGGAAGAAGACGAUGAGGAGGAGGAAGAAGAGAAAUCUGAUGGACGUAGCUGUAGAAAUGAAUCAAAGAAGAAGAGACAAGUGUUGGAUCUUGAGCUUUGAAACUAUGCAUAGUGAUGGAUAUAAAAUCUUUACCAACUUAUGUUAUAUAUGCUCAGCUCAAAAGAACUUGAGUUUGUUCGGGAGUUUUUGUAGAUGUAAACAUGAGAGUGGGAAUAAGCAGAGGAUUUUGAGCAAAAAAAAAAUAGGUUUUUUUUUGCCAGAGGAAUUAGAAUAGCAAAGAAAGAGUGAUCAGAAUCCUCAGGUUUGUGUUCUUUUUUUGUUUUGUUUUGUUUUACUUCAUAAGAAAGGUAAUCAAAGAUUUUGUCAUAUGAUUAGUUUUACCAACUCAGUAAAUCGAAGUUCAUAGUUAA